AUGGCGGAAGUCGCAUCCCGUCCACAAGAGCGCUCCAGCCGCAAGUUCACACAAUGGAUGAGAAAUCUCGCCAGCCUCAAGGGCCGAAGUAGCGAGCAAUCCAGCGGCAACAGAAAGAACGGCAACUUCAUCUCCAAGCGCAGUCAGACAUUCAACGACACCUUUCGCAAGAACAAUCACCCCUAUCCCGAGUCAGGACAUCUACACCGACAAGAGCGUCGCCACUCCCAGACCAGCAGUGCCAACGGGCCCUCUUCUCUCGGCCCUGUCAGCAGCUAUGGCUCCUUACCCACCAGCAAUGCCUAUACCACACAAGAGCGCGAGGGCAGGGGUACAAGCCACCGAAGUGGCGCACCAACGGUAGCAACCAACCCCGAGACCAUACACAGCGAUGCCGGCCAUAGCAAGGCCGCCACCUCUACCACUCGUGGUGGCGCACUGAGCAGCAUCGACGGAGCCCGCGCGGACAGCACCUUCAGCUCCCCCCAGCAAAGCCAGCACUCCUUGGCCACCACUCUGACUACCAUCCAAUCGACAGGUGCGCCCAACUCCUCGCAUGCCGGCACUGGAAAUGUGCAUGUCCAUCACCACGGCAGCCUGAACAACCCCAAUCCCGUCAUGUUCUCCCACCAAUAUCCCGUCACUGGCACCGCCGUUUCCGCCAUUCCGCGACACAUGGCAGACGCCAUGCCCAACACCCCCAAUACCUACUCGUCCGCAACUGCCAACGGCCUCUUGAGCGACAACGCGAGCAUCCUCACCCUGGCAUCCUCGUCGAAACGGCGUAGGCGUAGCAUGGACACUGACGCUUCCGUCCGCGCCCUGCCCCCGGGCUCGAUGUUUGGAGGCAGUCGUGAAUCACUGCCACUGAGUGUGCUGUCGGGGAAUGUGGACGCCGGCAUUGCCCCUGCUGGCUUCCACUCUCAGUCUCGCCCGUCCAUCGGAGGCUUGGCAUCGGCGGAGAGAGCCAGCAUCUACAGUGCACAGGGCGGCGGGCCGGCGAGUGAGAGGAACAGCUACUACUCCUACAAACCAGGCAAAGAUGUCGCCGACGGCAAGAGCCUUCGUAGCCUUGCCAAUGCCGACGCCCGUUCGGUGCACGCCGAUCAAAGCAUUGCCGAUGUUGCCAGUGUACGUUCGGGCGCGCUUGGACACGGCCGAAACGAUAGUAUUCCAGGUGUCGUGUCGGCUGCAAGCGUCAAGCGCGGCAGUGGAACGUUGAGUCGGCGCUCUAGCGACUGGCCACGCGCAGACCAUGAAGAGGAUGAGGGGAACUUUGAUGAACCCGGGCAACUUGCGCAGCAGGAUCUUGGAAACCAGAUCGAGAGCGAGAGAAGGAACGGGGUGAAGUAA